AUGAACGGUGAGAUGACAUCACACAAGACCAAUGGCUUAGUGGUGGCCAAAGAGGCGGCCAACACGUGUUGGAAGCGAUGCUCCCUUUGUGUCGACAACCAUCACGUCUUCGACACCGCCGACCAAUUCUGUCAACACUUGCGGGACAUUCACAGCACUCGUGAGGGCGGUUCCCAUGUCUGCAGAUACGGCUCGAACGGCAUCUGUUCGUCGCUUCCGGUGGAGGGAGUGUCCGAUCGGGACUACGAGAGCCAUAUUGUGAAGUGUCAUGUAUUGCCAAUUCAGACCAAAUCCGGACAAUUGUCUCACAAAGUGUUGACCGAAAACGGAAAGCAAGUCCUUUCGGAUGAGAAGCGAUUCCAACGACAAUCUGUGCCCAAAAGAAGUCCGUUUCCGUUGCCAUCGAAUAGCGAUUUGUUUGAAUCCAAUGUCUAUUUAACGGACAAUCGUAUGGAAGGGAAGCCAAACGUAAUCAGUGAUAGUCUUCAGACGUGGAGUGUCUACUCGUCGUCGCAGAACUUGGCCUCCGUUUUGAACGAUCCGUCAAAAGCUCGCAGUUAUUACGAGACGAUAUUCACCAAAGAGUGGGGCAAUCACUUCAUCGACACACAGACUGUACCGCAGAGUCCAUUCCAUCCGAAGAUAUCUCAUUCCCAUUUCGAUCAAUACAUACGAAAAGUGUUGAAACGAAACCGACGACAACGACUCCGCAGCCGAAGCGAGUCGUUGUCACUGCAGACACAAUCGCAGACCCGAAGUGCCGACACAUUUGUUCCCAAAAUAUUUUUUAGCACAGAUUUUAAUUUAGAAAAUAUCGAUACUUUCAAAACUGUUCUCUCGUUUUGUACGAACAAAGAAGUGCUGACAAGUUGUCCGACGUCUCCAACCAAAUGGAAUCCAAUGGCAAAGGAGGCGAUGAAAGAACUGCAGAGGAAUUUCUCCGAAUAUUUAGAUAUCGUUGAGGAGAAUCUGGCGAAACAAAUAUCGCUUAAAUCGAAAAACUUUUUUCAAGUGAUGUCAACAAUGGAUACAGUGAUGGAACAGCUCAAGAGGACCAUCAAAGAAGUGACUCUUUUGCGCAAAAAGUGUCACCGAUUGGAGACUUGUCUAAUAGAGCCGAGUCUUAAGAAUAUAAAGUUAACAAAAUGUCGAACCAAUACCAAAGAUGUCUACAAUAAGAUCCAUCUAAUGGCAACUGUUCAUCAAACACAGCCCACUAUUCAACUCCUACUCUCGACACUGGAUUUUGUCGGAGCUCUUGAUCUCAUCUCUACCUCACAAGAAGUGGUCGCUCAAGAGCUCUGCGGAGUCCAUAGCUUUAGACAUCUCAAACUACAACUCAUGGAAAUCGAGAAAGUGAUCGAUCAGAUGAUGAACGAAGAGUUUAUUAAAUACCUGACGGCUGAGUGGAACCGACCAUUUGAUGACAACGACGACCACCAUCUGAUGGAUGAGGAGAAGUUGUUGUCUAUAAUCUACGGAAUGGUUCGUUUGCAACGAUUUAAUUUUGUGGACGCCUUCAGAGAAGAAGCCAAUACUGCCAUCAAAGCGGGUGUUAAACAAACAGUUAUAGAAACGCUCUGUUCUGAAGAUAAUAUAGAAGUUGGACAACGAUUUGACGGCAGUUUAUUCGAUCAGUUAAGGGUUUUGGAGUUUUCCAAAUGGAUUAUACUUUUGGAUAAAGUGUUCGACAAUUUGUUGAAAUGUCUGAAACGGAUUAAUACAGUCUAUAAUGUGAUGUCCAAUGGUUUGAAUGCCGUAACGGAACGCACUUAUAGUGAAAACAAACGCAUGGAUUUGGAAACAAGUGUUGGCGAGACGUCUGUCGACGCCAUCAAAAUCUUAUUAGAGAGCGACGGCAUUGAAUUGAGUACUAAUCUUAAGGAGUCCUUGUGUUGUAUCUGUGAUUACGCGCACAACCGAUGCGCUCAUGUGGUGGAGUCGCGAGCAAAGGACGGCGGACUCGAUAGGCUUACCGCCAGUGAAUUCGUUCGACUCAAUCAAUCAAUCGAGAGGUUUAGUGAUAAGUGUCAGCACAUAUGCGGCCGCCGGAGCCCUAACUUAAAGCUUGUGCUCCAAACUCAGGCCAAUAAGUUUGCGACCAAAUUCCACGACGAGAGGAAGAAACGGAUCAACUCUUUGCUUGACAUCGAACAGUGGAAGUCAGUUGAUUCUGUGAGCCAUGAAUUCCAAGAUCUAGUCAACCAAUUGGUCGAAAGGCGAUAUGAAUUCGAUGAAAACAAACGGAACACGAAAGCGAGUGAAGAGAAGACCGAGAAAUUGAAGUCAUUUGUUGUGGUGAAGGAACAGAAGUUUGUUGUCGUGAAUGUUGUUAUUGUUUUGAUUAAAACACUGAUUGAAUACUGCGAGUGCGCCCAACAGAUCAAGUCUCUGAGUCCAGAUUUAUUAACCCGAUUGUUGGAUAUCUUGAAACUAUUCAAUUCCAGAACCGCUCAAUUAGUGUUAGGCGCCGGCGCUCUACAAGUGGCCGGUCUUAAGACAAUAACUGCCCGCAAACUUAUUAUAUCUUCGCGUUGUCUGCAAUUAGUGGUCAUUUUUAUACCGAUCGUUAGAUCACACUUCGAGUCUCUAUUGCCGGCCAAAAACCAGUCAAUGUGUAAACACUUUGACGAAAUCAUACGAUUAUAUUCCGAACAUAUUAUCAAAAUUCCAGAAAAGGUGUCGACAGUUGUCAGAGAGAUCGCUGAAUCACAGCUCUCCAAAUGGGUGGCCAAAGCGCCCGUCCCUUCGCCGCCAUUUCAAGCCAUUUCUCAGCAUUUGAUGCGAUUGCACGACAAUAUUCAGGACUCACUCCCUGCCAACGAUUUGCUCCGACUUUUCCAACAAAUUCAUAACACAUUUAAAGAAGUUCUGAGAACUCAUUUGGAAAGACAUCAAAUUCAGAAAGACGGCGGACCCCAACACGGACUGGUUACACAGGAAAUGACAUUUUAUACCCAAAAUUUGUGCAAACUCUCGAUUGGCAAACAACUAAAUUUAUCAAACGAUGAUCUCUGGAGC